UCUCCGGUUCUUUCAUGUGUUGUAGGCGGUUGUGUUGACACUUUGUCGACAUCUCUCUUGUGGUGUUUCAGAGGAUAGGAGUGCACUUCGAGAGGUAACACUAUUCAGUUAACGCAGACGGACACAUUGUGUGUGUGAGACAUUUCGUGCGGGACACAACACGCUGACAGGGGAAGCGUGCUGAAGGUAAAUCAGAAUGGCCCAAGGGAUACCAGACGAGCUGAUGAUGAAUACUGCUCUGAUAAAAGACUUGGCAGACAUUGCAAAAGAUGCGGCGCUUCUGCAGGGUGUACUAAUGAGGAUCCAAGAGACUCCCAACUCAUCAGAGUUGGUGACCUACGCCCCACUCACGCUUUUUCCCACGCCUGUGCCAAAAGCUGUGUUCCUCCAGGCUCUGGCAGUGCAAACUCACUACAACACACUGGUGGACAAGAUCAGCCAGGAUCCAGACUUUCUGCGAGACGCUCUUGCUAGCACCAUUGAAGUUGAUGAUUUCACUGCAAGGUUGUUCAGGAUCCACCAACAGAUCCUGAAAGAGGGAAGGUCUCAGUCUAUUGUGUUGGGUCUCAAUCGGUCUGACUACAUGCUGGACCACAGAGAGGGCGGGACGUCCUCCCUAAAGCAGAUAGAGAUCAACACCUUUGCUGCUAGUUUUGGAGGUCUCUCGUCACGCACCCCAGAUGUACACCGACACAUCCUUAAGGUGGCUGGCCGGCUGGAGGAGAGCCGGAGCAUCCUAGACAACAACCCUGCUGCUGGACUGGCUGGAGCGGUUGCUAAAGCCUGGGAGCUCUAUGGAUCGAAGAGUGCUGCCGUCAUGUUCUUGGUGGAAGAGAGCCAAAGGAACAUCUUCGAUCAGCGAUACAUUGAGAAUGAACUGUGGAAGAGAAACAUUCCCACAAUAAGAAAGCGGUUUGAUGACGUUUGUCAAACAGGAUCCCUUGAUCAGGACAAGAGGCUCUUUGUUGAUGGUCUAGAGGUUGCAGUGGUGUACUUCAGGAACGGCUACAUGCCUCAGAACUACGUUUCUGAACAGACUUGGGAUGCUCGUCUUCUGAUGGAGCGCUCUCUGGCUGUGAAAUGUCCAGACAUCAGCACUCACCUGGCCGGAACCAAGAAGGUCCAGCAGGUGCUCGCAAGACCUGGAGUUCUGGAGAAGUUCUUCCCCGACCAGCCUCAGGUAGUGGAGCAGAUCAGAGCGACGUUCGCUGGCCUCUACACUUUAGACAUGGGCCCAGAGGGCGACAAAACAGUAGCAAUGGCUUUGGCAGCACCAGACAGGUUUGUCCUGAAGCCUCAGCGAGAAGGAGGAGGUAAUAACAUCUAUGGAUCGGAGAUCUGCCAGGUCCUGGAGGGAAUGAAGGAGGAUACAGAGAGGAUGGCCUAUAUUCUGAUGGAUAAAAUCCUCCCCUCCCCCUCACAGAACUACCUGCUGAGACGAGACGCCCCCCUCCAGAUCAGUAACUGUCUCAGUGAACUGGGAGUGUUUGGAGCAUAUGUCAGGCAAGGUAAAGACAUGGUGAUGAAUGAGUGUGUGGGCCAUCUGCUAAGGACCAAGAGCUCAGAACACUCAGACGGAGGCGUAGCAGCGGGAGUGGCUGUGCUGGACAAUCCUCUGCUCGUCUGAGAUUUUACACUCCUGCUGGCUGGGCUUUCAACAACAAAUGCACAAUCAGACAACAGUGAAAUCGAGGUUGCACUUUUUGAGUCACAUUGUAGCUUUGGCUGCUGCAGCAAGAGGAUAAUGGUGAGGAAAUACAUGUCCCACGUGUCAUUCAUUUGACAAAGACUGGACGGAAAUGCUCAGAGUGUAGGCUCAGUUGUUGCUCACAGCCCUGGAAGAUGAAGCUUCCCUUCCUUCAGGACUUCUCCUGCUGUUAGAGGUGAUGCAGCAGCCAAGUGUCUUUGUGUUAUUUCUGAUGUAGCUCGAUGUUUGUCCUUCGCAGGCAUUACCAAUAUCAGUGGGGUUCAUGAGGACCAUGUUUGCUAUCAGUUUUUGACAUCAUGAUGAUUGCCUAUGAAAAGGAGUGCUGCUCUCAAGUACACACGCCAGGGCUUAAGAAAAUUAUAACACUUAAAUCCAGAUCCAGUAAGUGGUUAAAAAACUUUUUAAUUUUUACUUUUUAAAUUUAACAUAACAUGCUUCAUUCUCAAUUAAUGCUGAAGUCUUCAUUUACCUCAGAUGAAGAGAGGAUCACAUUGUUUACUAUUUCAGUAAAAAACCUCACUGUCACUCUUUGAGGGACAUAAUCACUUUUCUCUACAGGAACAUUUCUGAUAGGAUUUACUGUUUGUACCGAGAGCAGCUCAACAUUAGAAACAGUGUGAAGUGGGGCUAAAACACCACCUUGUGACGCUCUUAUGUUAUUACACCAUGUUCAUUUGGGUUCAUCCAAACCUGUGAAGCUACUCAAUGUUGUGUUUAUGUUUUAUAUGGUUUAUGGUCACUUCAGUUUGCCCUGCAUUUACGAUUUAAGUUAAAACUCUUGACAGAAGUCAGUCAUCAUGAUUGUAAAAACUAGACAAGUAAAGCCCAGAUUAACAGGAGUAACAGGAAUACUCUUUAGUUUUUAUAAAAAGAAAAGGAAGAAAAAUCAAGUGCCCUUAAACAGCAGGUUUGUGCUGUUAACCAUCAAUUGAUGAAUUUUAUUUGACUAUUUUUAUCACUUGAACUGUGCCGAGCACUGUUUGUUUUAAUGAUUGAGACAGAAAACUCACAGAUACUUUGACAUUUUGCUGUGAUUUCUGAACCCUGGAAUGCAAACAGCAGAAGCAGUGGAUAAGAUGACCCCGAACAUUUUAGUAACUUGAUAAAGUCCUUCUUCACAUUAAUGAGCUCAGUUGAUCAGAAGUCAUGGUAAAGUGUUUAAACAGCCGCCACAGCUGAGUGGUGAAGUGAAUAUGUGUUCACACAGAAGGUAAUAAUACUGGUGCUACUACAGCUGCAGUGUUACUAGUAUUAUUACUACCACAAAUAAUAAUAACAAGAAAACGAAAAAGUUAUGUAUUUUUACAGUACAUUUCUACAAGUUAUACAGCUCAGAGUUCUUUACAUUAAGGGACAACAACUCAGCAGCUUCUGCAGGAAAGCAAAACUCAGCCACUGGACUCAGCUCUAAUAAUAUUUCUGCUGAAAAGAGAAAAUAACAGCAACAGAAAGUUGAAUAUCUCAUCGAUAAAGUUUCAGGUCAACAUUAAAUCAAAGCUGCUACUUCUGCUGGACUUUACACACAGGCACAAACUUUGACCUCCCAUGGUGCAUUCUGGGGUUAAUACUGUGAUUGUGUACAGUAACACAUUAACUGAAGUCCAUAGGAUAUGAUGAAGAUGAUGAAUAAAACAAACACGCUCUGAUCAGUGUCUCUUGGCUUAAAUUAAUAUAUUUAUUCUGGGCCCACGCAGCAGCGUCCACAUGUAAGAAACAUCUCUGAAUCUGUUUAACUCCUCCUUAUCCCACCAGCCUGUUACACCAAAGUGCAAUGAGGACAAGGUCAGUGAGUCUCUGACGAUAACAAAUUCCACUGAGAACCGUUUACAAUGAGCAUAUCUCAGACACUGAGACACUACAAUCUUCAUUACUGGACAGUCUGACAUCAAAGGUAUCAAUGACCCCAAUGAGUGCUGAGAAAAGGAAGCUUAAUGGUGAUUCAGCAGUAAUUCAUAUAAGAGUAAAUUCUACCACAAAAGGUGAAUUAAAAACCAAAUGUUAGAUGCUUUGGACCAAAAAAUAAUGCCCAACAUGUUCUGUCAAAAACUGCAAAGCAAGUUCUUACUUCACUAAAAGGAUGUAAAUAUCAUCUGGAAAAUGUACUAAAUGGCUGUGUGUGUGUAUAUAUAUAUACACACACAUAAAUACAUAUACAUAUAUUUCAACCAACUACAGAAGUAAAAUGCU